GAGCUGUCACGCUGAGAGCCGGUAAUCAGCAUCCCUCAGAGGGGACAUGUGCACUGAUCAUCAGGGUACUGAUGAUCAGUCCCCAGCAGUGCCACCUGUCAGUGUCCAUCAGUGCCAGCUGUAAGUGCUCAUCCAUGCCACCUGCCAGUGCCCAUCAAUGCCACAUAUCAGUGCCAGUCUAUCAGUGCCAGUCAGUGCCGUCUAUCAGUGCUGCCUAUCAGUGCCCAUCAGUGAUGCCUGUCAAUGCCCAUCAAUGCCACCUACCAGUGACUCCUCAUCAG